AUGGAAAACAAAACUUCUAAAGGCAGAGAGUGUUCUUAUCAUGAGAAGUGGUACAUACUUGAAAGCUCCAUUAAGCAAUUUAUCGAAGAGCUUUUCUCACGUCUCCCAUCCGAGGCUUCUUCUGAAGGCCGCGGAGUCGCAGCAAAUCACCUAGCUCAGGUAUGUCGAAUCCUGGGCAACGUCAAAUUUGACGCGUCUGAUUUGGCUUUGAAGUUCCCACAAUGCACCACAAUUUGCAACAAGCCCCCUGGCUACUUUGACGGUGACUAUCAGAUGAUGUGCGAAUUUAUGAGGGAUACACUGAAUCAGGCAGUGGUCGAUGUUCAAUAUCCCCAGCAUGACUCGAGGGUCCGGGAGUCAUUGAACAAGCUGUACUCUCACAUUUUGCAGUACAAUGAGCGCUAA